AUAAAUUGUCACAAAAUAAUAAAUAUUGAAAUUUAAAAUUUGGAGAAUUGAAGAGAGCCAGGUAGGAAGGGAAGGUAGGAGAGAGCUGUGAAGGGUCAGUUAAAGAUUCCUCGAAAAUUCUGUGAGUGUCUCCACUGCUUCCAGACAAAUUCAUCGCAACACCAAACCCGCCCAUCCCCUAUCCUCGCCGGCCUCUCUCUCUAAGAAUUUGGAUGAUUUGCUAAAAGCAACAUGGCUUCUUUCUAUCUCUACACGCCCCUGCCAUCGUCGCCCCACGCUUCCAAACUUAAUUUUUCCGGCAAGCCGAUCUUCCCCGGAAGCAGCGCCUGCCCAAAACACCUCUUCUUCUUUAGGAACUCAAGAACCAAGCUCAUUGCAGCUUCGUCUUCACCGAGCGAUGCCUCCGCUAAUUCCGGCGGUCCUGGAGAGAGCGGCGCAAGCAAUUUCUGCAUUAUAGAAGGGCCUGAGACUGUUCAGGAUUUUGUUCAGAUGCAGCUGCAGGAAAUCCAAGACAACAUUAAAAGCAGACGCAAUAAAAUUUUUCUUCUUAUGGAAGAAUUGAGGAGGUUGAGAGUGCAACAACGCAUUAAAAGCAUGAAAUACGAGCCUGAUGAUGAAAAUGAGAUGCCGGAUAUACCGUCAUCAAUUCCCUUUCUUCCUGCUGUGACCCCAAGGACACUGAAGCAGCUGUAUUUGACAAGCUUUUCAUUCGUAUCUGGAAUUAUAGUAUUUGGGGGUCUCAUUGCACCAACUCUUGAGCUAAAAUUGGGUAUAGGAGGAACUUCAUAUGAAGACUUCAUAAGCAAAAUGCAUUUGCCUAUGCAAUUAAGUCAGGUAGAUCCUAUCGUAGCCUCGUUCUCAGGUGGUGCAGUGGGGGUUAUUUCAGCAUUGAUGCUGCUGGAGAUUAACAAUGUCGAGCAGCAAGAGAAAAAAAGAUGCAAAUAUUGUCAUGGCACUGGGUACUUGUCAUGUGCCCGUUGUUCAGCAAGCGGUUUGUGUGUGUCCAUCGAACCCAUCGUAACAAACGCUACCGAUCGGCCGUUGAAUGCACCAACUACUAGAAGGUGUCAAAAUUGCUCUGGGUCUGGAAAGGUAAUGUGCCCUACCUGCCUUUGCACCGGGAUGAUAAUGGCAAGUGAGCAUGACCCUCGUAUCGAACCAUUCGACUAGAGAGUAAGGCCAGUUUGGCCUACUCUCAGAUACCCACCAUUCAUAUUCAACUAUGUGAUGUUGUAUCAUCCAACGCUCUAUGUUUUAGUAGGUGUGGGCAUCCCACCUCUUGAUUUUAUUCCAAAUUAGUUUUUACUAGGUGUGGAUCGAUAACUUAUACCAAAAAUGUCAUACCUUAUACGUUACAUUUAUCUUCGGUAUACCUUAAUUCUGAUAUGAAGGAUAUACAAUACUUUAUUUCGGUA